AUGUGGCAGCGCACAUUUACGCGCCGCAUGCAGUACGGCUCAACGCCCAAAGACAUCCGCUACUCAAUGGAGGCACGCAAGGCACUCCUUAUUGGCGUCGAAAACCUCGUGAAGGCGGUGGGCGUCACGCUUGGGCCCAAAGGGCGAAAUGUUGUGCUGGAGAUGCCGUACGCAAGUCCGAAGAUCACAAAAGACGGUGUGACGGUCGCGAAGCACAUUGAAUUUGAGAACAGUUUUGAGAAUUUGGGUGCAAACCUCGUCCGGCAGGUGGCCGGCUUAACGAACGACAACGCGGGCGAUGGCACGACAACAGCCACAAUUCUUUCGGGUGCAAUCUUUCGUGAGGGAUAUCGCAGUGUUGCCACCGGCACAAAUCCAAUGGACCUCAAGCGCGGUAUUGAUCUGGCGUGCCGUGAGGUGCUGGCCUCCCUUGCGGAGCAGGCAAAACCGGUGACAUCCAAAUCAGAGAUCACACAGGUGGCGAUGAUAUCGGCUAACAUGGAUAAUGAAAUUGGGGCGCUGAUUGGGGAUGCGAUGCAGCAGGUUGGUAAGGACGGCAUCAUCACAACACAAGAGGGCCGUUCUCUUAAUACAGAACUCGAGCUGGUUGAAGGCAUGUCCUUU